UCUCUCUGUGGUUUGUGGGUGGAAGAAGCACAUCAUGCAUCUUUUUUUGAGCUAGCUCUCAUGUGUAUGACAGUUUAACUUUUGAUCGGUCUGGCAAGCUAUGGCAUGAUGGUAAACUGGUUGAUUUUUAAGAGAAAUUCCACAGAAAAACUGUUAUUCUCAAGAUGUCCCCUCCAACUGUUUAUUCUCCUAUUCACCUUGAGCACCACAACACAUUCAGGCAGGCCUGAAGUCCCAGGAGAAGGUAUAUGGGCUAUAUUAAACAAACCCAUACAGUUUUCUGGAUCCAGUAUACCUUUGAAACUAAUCAAAACAGUGGAAUGGCGUCACAAAAGUGGAAACUCCCAGACAUUCUGUCUUCUCCAUAAAAUGGAUGGGAACAUCACCAACAUAUUCCCUGCAUGCAAUGGCACUGCACACUUCCUUUCCCACAAUAAAACCUUUGUUAUAUACUCAGUGAGGGCAGAGGAUGAAGGUGUCUAUGAAGAAAGAGUGAUUUAUAAGAAUAACACUAUGGUCUCAUUAAAUAUAUCACUGUCAAUCAUUUCUCCUCCCUCCACCCUGCACAUCAGCGUAAACUUAUCCCACGCGCUGCUAACAAUGACCUGUGAGGUCAAGGGGUCAAACCUCUCCUACUGGUGGCUGAAGGAUGACCAUCCCUUCCUCACGGAUUCCAGAUUGUUAUUGGGUGAGAGAAACCAAACCUUACAGGUGAACAACCUGACCAAGGCUGAAUGUGGGAAAUACACCUGCUUGGUGGCCAACAAGGCAGGCCAGUCACGGGGCCACUUCCAACUCACAGAUAACCAAUCCUCUGUGUGUAAGGAUGGAAUUGUCCGAGCCACACUGCCGAUAGGCCAGAGAGAAGUUCUAAUCAUGGUAAUAUUGGGCAUCUGCAUAUUCGGCCUGCUCAUCAUCAUUGCCUGCAUCAGGAGAUAUCACCAGGAAAUACGGAAGCAUCUGGCAGGACUUUGCAACAACGAGCAGCAUCCUGUCAGAAACAGGAGAGGAAGGAGAGACAGAGACACCCCUGUGUCCGAAAAUCAUGUGUAUGAUGAGAUUGGAGAUGAAGAGGAGCAGCUUGAACAAGAGGUGGUGAUCCCAUUGCCAUGCGUCUACACAGACUUCCUUCCAAACAGAAAACAAGCAGAGCCCCUAAAGGACUUUGGGUACUCCACCAUUGGGCCAGCUAGCCUAAGUGGAGUCACAGUGAUCGAGGCAAGCGAACAAGGUCUUGAAUGUAGGUUCCUAGUGGAGACAGCGUAGCAUACUAAAAAUAUCUAAUAAAAUUGUAUUUGUCACAUGCGCCAAAUACAAUAGGUGUAGACUUUACCAUGGGAUGCUUAGUUACGAGCCCUUUCCCAACAAUGCAGAGUUAAAAACGUAAGAAAAAUCUGCUAAAAAAAGUAAAUAGUAACAAAAUAAAGACUAUAUUUUAUUUAUUUUUAUUUCAACUUUAUUUAAACAGGUAGGCUAGUUGAGAACAAGCUCUCAUUUACAACUGCGACCUGUGACGACCCUCCCACUCUGUGUGCCGUAUU